ACAGAUUCGCGUGUGCCGCCACUUUCUAUCGACUAAAUCUAUCGUCCGAUGCUCUCGCAAUCAUUCGGUAAGCGGUAAAAUUGAUAUCAGAAAACUUCUUGCUGCAUUUUCAUUUUAGAUUUGGUCGGAUACAGAAGGUGGAAGAUGCAAUUAUCUGGAUGUUUGUUUGCAGCGGGCGUCUGCUUGCUUGCCCUACCGGCAGCGCUCGCUAUAUGCCCACCAGCAGAUAGGGUGAUGAUUUCCGGCUGGUUCCAAUUCGGCAGAGCAUGUAUUGGAAUCUCACAUCGCAUCCGGAUGACCUUCAAUGAAGCCACAUUCUUUUGCAACAGGUAUGGUGGCUCCCUCUACGCUCUGGACUCACCAAGUAAAAACCGAAUCAUGCUCAGCUACCUGACGACCGUGUUUGGUCAGGGAAGACGUCAGAAGUUUUGGACCGGGUUCUACAAGGCAGAGAAUGCGUUGGGCUGGCGAUGGUCUACUGGUUCGACGUCACAAUACACAGAUUGGGAAGCAGGUAAACCCGCAACCACUAACGAAGCUAUUGGCGCUGUAGCAUGGGGUGGUACUCAUCAUUGGUCAGAUACAUGGCAAGACGAGCCAUUGUCUGCUUCCUUUGCUUUUAUAUGUCAAGCACCAGCGCUGACUGCGAAUGGAGAACCAUUUCCAACUCCUACGAUCCCACCUAUGCAGCCAGGAUUCGGCCCAGGACCAAAUAAUCCAGGAGUUGGCCCAAAUACGCCAAAUAAUCCCUUCAUGCCUGGAACUGGUCCUCUGAGCCCAGUCAACCCUGGCAAUCCAGGAGCUGCUCCAAUCAACCCAGGUGUUGGUCCAAUGAAUCCAGGCACUGGCCCACUGAACCCAGGUCCUGGUCCGAUUAACCCAAAUGCUGGUCCGGUUAACCCCGGCGUUCGACCUGGAGCUAGGCCUUACUACCCUGGCGGAAGACCAACCAAUCCGCGAAGUCCUGCUAUGUUGCAACGUAUAAGUGGAUAUGCACCACACACACAGAAUAUGAUGGCUAUACCUUGA